AUGGAAACAAAUAAAUAUCCUGUUGCUUGCUUCUUUUUUUCCAAUUUUUUUUUUUUUCAAAUUCAAUUCAUUAAUCUGUUUAGUAAAACUCAAAUUCAAUUUUUUAUAAAUAUCUUACUUCUCAAUAAAUAUAAUUUUAUUGAUAUAAACAUAAAAAAAUAA